UUUAUGCUUGUCGUCGCCAGUUGAUGAUGCCACCGUUCCAACGAAAUGGUGAAACCUUUUGCUAUUUCUGAUCGAUGAACGAUUGUGGCUUCGAUGUUCUUCACUUGUUUGAUUUGACCUUGGAUUGCGUUGCUAUUAGAAUUGGAGCUUGAAUUGCUACCGGACUUUUCCAAGAAGAGAUUUUUUGAUCAAAUCCAGUUGUUUUCUUGGGUUUUCUGAUACGCAAGCCAAAAAAGAUCAUCAGAAACGCGAGGAUCAACAAUGAUCCAUCGAACAACAGUAGCGGAAUAUAGAAAUUUCAUUUCACGUUUUUGAUUGAUAACAUAAUAAAACAACCUCACACCCAUCAGUUCGACCAUCAACCUCCACUCACCGUAACUGUCACGCUCAUCCUGCAAAAUGAACCUCUUUUGCGAUUUUCUUAGCAGACCUAAGGGUUUUUUUUGAUAGGUUUUGGAGUUUUUUGAUAUCUCUAAAAAGCUCUUUUAUCUUCUGGAAAUCGCUCAAAAAAACCCCCAAAACUACUGAAUUUAUCAAAAAACUACAAGGAUCCACCCCCAGACAGGUGGACUUUCCACGAAAUUUCAAAACGUGUCAGGGCUUUUUGAGUGUUCUUCCUGUGGCUCUUUUAGGGUUUUAUAAUCGAACCCGACUCCUUCGUCGAAUACCACGGUUUCUUGGCAGUUUUGUCGUUUUUUUUAUGGUUUUGGGGCUUUUAUGGUAUGUCCGAUGAAAAAACUCUUUUAUCUUUGAAAACUAACUGAAAAAUUCUUUUUCUCCAAACUUAUUUGCAGCGUAUAGUCGGCUUGUAUAGUCGUACUUCUUAAACACCACUACUUUGCUAUUACGUCAAACAAACACAAUAUCAAGCGAUGCUGAAUCAAAUUCUGCAUCCAACACACCCAAACAGAAAUGACUCACAUUUUCGAGGACGAAUCGAAGAUAGAAAACAACUAAAAUCUGGUGCUAACUUUACUUAUGUAGAUGAACCUAUGUCAAAAACGCUUGCAUGAAACCAUAAACCAACUUUCUCCUCGAAAACCGUUCCCAUGUACAUCCUUCGACUGAUAAAUCCUAAAAUAUUUCCAGCCGCAGUGGAAUAAAAUUUGAGUGCUUAUGAUCAAUCUGUUAAUUCCAAAGGAUUAUUAAAUUUACGUUUUAGCAACAACAUCCCAGGAUCAAAACUACGAGGGAGAAUUGGAGUAUGGCAAAAAGCACGGAAAAGGCGUUUACACGUGGCCUGACGGUCGCCGAUAUGAGGGACAAUGGAAAGAUGACAAGCAGCACGGAAAAGGCGUUUACACGUGGCCUGACGGUCGCCGGUACGAGGGGAACUGGAAAGACGACACGAAAGACGGAAAUGGUAUCGAAACUUUAACCGACGGCGAGCGGUAUGAGGGAGAGUGGAAGGAUGACAAGAAGAACGGAAAAGGCGUUCAGAUUUCGGCCAAUGGUACGGGGUUCGAAGGAGAGUGGAAAGAUGGCAAGAAGAACGGAAAAGGUGUUUACAGCUGGCCCGACGGUCGUCGGUAUGAGGGACAAUGGAAAGAUGACAAGCAGAGUGAAAAGGGCAUUUACAUUUGGCCCGAUGGCCGCCGGUACGAGGGAGACUUGAAAGGCGACGUGAAAGAUGGAAAUGGUAUCGAAACCUUGGCCAACGGCGCACGAUAUGAGGGGAAAUGGAAGGAUGGCAAGAAGAAUGGAAAAGGCCUCUACACCUGGCCCGAUGGCCGCCGGUACGAGGGAGACUGGAAAGACGAUAAGAGAAAUGGAAAAGGCGUUCUCAUCACGUCCAAGGGCAAUCGGUAUGAGGGAGACUAUAAAGAUGACGAGAUGACCGGAAAAGGCGUUUACACCUGGUCCAACGGCAAUCGGUACGAGGGAGACUUCAAAGACGGUGACAGUCAUGGAAAAGGCAUUUUCACCUCGUCCGACGGCGGUCGGUAUGAUGGAGAAUGGAAAGAUGACAAGAAGAACGGAAAAGGCGUGCAGACUUUACCCAACGGCAAUCGGUUCCAGGGAGAAUGGAAAGAUGGCACGAGGAACCCAACGGGCCGUCUCACCUACCCGAACGGCGCUUAUUCCCAGGGACACAUCAGCGACAACAUGCUGGAAGGAACAUACGGAGCCGUACAAUGGACUUAUACGUAUCAAUAA